CUCAUUGUGGAAGCAGUAUACAGUGAUAAGACACCUGUUCGUAACCAAAACGAGUUGAAUUUCGUCCAACGAUACUUUCACAAUGCUGAGCGUCUGCAGCCCUGUCUCAUCGUCUACUGUCGCGAUCGGACGGCCAAGUCGCGCUACCACACCACUUCAGGCGAAAAUGACGAUUUGGCCCAGGAAUUCCUUCGCAACGAUCCAUGGCGCUAUGGUCGAUUGUAUAUACACGAAUAUCCUCGGUUAAAUGCCGAGACCAAGCAACCGACAUUGCGAAGGUCCAAGAGAAACACUGUUCAAUUUACGAGGACGCAUUCGGCUAUUGUGAUGAAGAAUCGUCCUCCCAGACGUUACUGUCGACGGCGGAAGAUGGUAGUGAGUUUUGAGCAACUCAACAUGACCGACUGGAUUCUUGCGCCGGUCACCUUUGAUGCUGGAGUAUGCAGUGGUGUUUGCACUUUUCCUCUGGGUCAAGAAACCCAACCCACUAAUCACGCGGUGCUUCAGAGUGUCUGGUCUCGUUUCCUCCGAACCUCCACCGUCACUUCUCCCGAUAGUUCCAGCGCCUCAGCGCAGCAUGUACCGCCACCCUGCUGUGUGCCGCACGAGUUGGAGGCACUGCCAAUGCUCUACUUCCAGACAGACAAUCAGGUGGUGUUAAAUCAUCGGCCUGAUAUGCUUAAGCGACAGGCACGACUGCGCCGUGAAUUCAUCUACCGGCGAUCCAUUGAAGCCCGUGAUGAAGCUCGAAAGCAAAAAAGGCAGCUUGUUAAAGCUAGUCUUGCGGAAGGGAAAAAACUUCCCAAGGAGAUUGCUGAUGAGGCGUUGGCUGUGAAUGAAGACCUCGACUGGAGUGAUGAUGGCGGCGAGGGUGAUCUUGCUGCGGAGGACGACGAGUACUAUUGGGCUGGUGCAGAGGAUCCCCGCGUUGUUGUCACCACAUCCAGAUCUCCAAGCUCAAAACUCCAGGAAUUUUCUAAGGAGUUGCGUCACCUUAUUCCCAACGCCACUAAAAUCAAUCGAGGUAACUAUCUGGAGAAGGACUUAAUGGAUGCUUGCAUGGCCAGACAGUUCCUAAGUCUGGUACGGAGGUCAACUCUUGCCAUGCCUUGA